CGUCGAAGGAAAAAAAGGGAACAAAGAUUUGCAACGCUCCAAGCUGGUGAUCAGAUUAGUUUACUCGCCAAAAAACAACAUUGAGAAUGUUGAUCAGGGAGCGACUAAUUGCGGCAUCUGAUGAAAUAUGGGCGCUGUUUGAAAGAACGAUCGCGUCGUACGAGGAGGAGCUUUCUCGAACAAGAGAGGAGAAUGAGCGACUUCGACAACAACUGGAAGCUGUUAGCAAGACUCGCAUUGUGCGACACGUUGAAGACAUCCAGCAGCUGUUUGAUCAUCAAGAAGUACUUCCCCCUCAGCCGCAAUGGGAGGAGAGCUCCACUUUGGAGCAGGAGGUUCCCCAGCCCCACCACGUUAAAGAGGAGGAGGAUCCCCAGGCCCCCUUCGUUAAAGAGGAAGAGGAGGAACUCUAUAUCAGUCAAGAGGAAGAGUGUCUUCUCAGGCUGGAGGAGGCUGAUCUCACCAAGUUGUCACUGACUGUUGUCUCUGUGAAGACUGAAGACUAUGAAGACAAACCACCUGAGUCCUCACACCUUCAUCACAGUCCGAGUGAGGAGAUCAGAGGGGCGGAGUCUCCAAGCAGCAGCAGCUCACCACAGCACAUGACAACAGAAGCUGGUGGAGACCACUGUGAAGGAUCACAAGCGGAGAACCUCUUAGCUCCGCUAUCAGAUAGCGACAACACGUCACUCUCUCCUGGGGCUGAAGACGGGGAGGACAGGGCUCACGUUGACGACAAACACUGCUCAGUUUGUGCGAAAGGCUUUGCUGAUGAGAGGGAUUUCACUCGACACAUGAGAACACACACAAAACCUUUCACUUGUUCAGUUUGUAGCAAAAGAUUCUCUAAGAAGUCAAAUUUGGUAAAACACGUGCGGACACACACUGGAGAAAAACCUUUUAGUUGUUCAGCUUGUGGUAAAAGAUUCUUGCAGAAGUCACAUAUGUUGAAACACAUGAGAAAACACACUGGAGAAAAACCGUUUAGUUGUUCAGUUUGUGGUGAAAGAUUCACUGAAAAGUCAAUUAUGGUAAAUCACAUGAGAACACACACUGGAGAAAGACCUUUUUGUUGCUCAGUUUGCGGUAAAGGAUUCUCCCAAAAGUCAAAUAUGGCCAGACACAUGAGAAAUCACACUGGAGAAAAACCGUUUAGUUGUUCAGUUUGUGGCGAAAGAUUCACGGAAAAGUCAAAUAUGGUCAGACACAUGAGGAAGUACACUGGAGAACGACCGUUUAGUUGCUCAGUUUGUGGUAAAAGAUUCACUGAAAAGUCAAAUAUGGUAAAUCACAUGAGAACACACACUGGAGAAAAACCUUUUUGUUGCGCAGUUUGCGGUAAAGGAUUCUCCCAGAAGUCAAAUGUGGCACAGCACAUGUCAACACACAAGCCUUAUGCCUGUUCACCUGGUGCUAAAUCACUUACUCAGCCGACCGAUUUGGCAGCACACACGCGCACACACGAUGGAGAAAAACCUUUUAGCUGCUCUGUCUGUGGUAAAAGAUUCUCUCGAAAUUUACAUAUGGAAUCACACAUGCGGACGCACACGGGAGAAAAACCUUUCUGUUGCUCAGUUUGUGGCAAAGCAUUCAGCACCAAGGUGUCUUUGCGCGGACACCAAAGAACACACACUGGAGAAAAACCUUUCAGUUGUUCGGUUUGUGGUAAAAGUUUCUCGGAGAGGUCAAACGUGGCAUCGCACAUGAGAACGCACACGGGUGAAAAACCGUACUCCUGUUCACUUUGCCCAAGAACGUUCAGUCAGCAGAGCAAUUUGACAGUACACAUGCGGACACACAACAGGCCAACGGAUAUUGUCCCCUCCAGUCCGUCCUGAAAUGCGAUAGUUGCUCAACCGACCCAGGCUUUGUGCUGAAGGUGCAGCGCAACAAACCCUAAAUUCCCCAAACAGAACUAAACGGUAGUUCAACAGUGGUUAUCAACUUACUUUGUCAAUUCCGGUUCUUGGCUCUGUGCUCAGUGCGCGUUGACUUAAAAGGGGGCGUUUCAUGUCAUAUUGUUCUACUUCUACGCAAAAAUGAAGCGAUCCCAGCUGGUGUAUUUUACACAAGAUGAGCAAGUAAUUAUUAUGGAGUGUUGUUAUUGAUUAUUAUGGAGGAGUUCAAAAAAGGUUAUGACUGCCAAAAAGCAACACUGUUGCCACUAAUAGAGCGAGGGAGGACUAUCUUUUCAUUUUUUAAUGAUGUCUAUAUUAUUUUCAUAUUUUACUUAUCUCAAUAAUAUAAUUUGUGUGUGUUUAGUGUGCAAAGGAAAUUUUUUUUCUUUCUUGUGUCGGGAUGAACACACAAAUCUACUGUCUCUGUACAAUGACAAUAAAGACUCACAUUGCCCAAUACGCAAAACACUUAUCCGUUUAUUCAUGACUGUUUCAAAGUGAAAUCAUUCAUUAUAUUCAUUCUCUGUGACAAAUAAGUACUAGGUCGACUGAUGUGUGCUCGAGACAUGCUGUACCUUAUGAUGACCAGUAGGUGGCGGUCGCGACGUGUUUUGUGGCAGCUUUUUUUUGUGACUUUUUGUUCAAAUAAAGUG